GCAGUGUCAGCGAGGGCUCAACUUCCUUUGGUGAAGUGGAUUUACUUGAACUCGAAGGAAAGAAAAAAAAAUGUCUCCACUUCUGAGAAGCAUCUUCAAUAUCACUGAAAUGUUCAAUCAGUAUGCCUCACAUGAUUGUGAUGGGGCAGCACUAAGCAAAAAAGACCUGAAGAACCUCCUUGAAAGGGAAUUUGGAGAUGUCCUUCGGAGACCACAUGACCCUGAGACAGUAGAUCUGAUCCUGGAACUUCUAGAUCGAGACUGUAACGGGCUCAUCGAUUUCAAUGAAUUCCUCCUGUUCGUUUUCAAGGUAGCUCAAGCUUGUUAUUACGCUCUCAGCCAGGCCUCCGGGCUGGAUGAGAAGAGGGCCAAGUGUGAGGGAAGGGAGAACCCAUUACAAGAACCCAGGCAAGAGGACCAAAGGAGAUUUGAGCCCCAGGACAGACAAUUAGAAGAACGCAGGCAGAAAAGGCAAGAACUGGAGAGGGAACUCGCUGAGGAAGAGAAGCAGCGGCUGCAGAGGCGAGAACGGGAAGAGCACCUUGAGGAGGAAGAGCAUCUGCAGGGGCGCAAGGGUCGGGAGCUAGAGAAAUUUUCUAACCAAGAGCAAAGCCAAGAGAGGCGGGAUCUGCGAGAACUCCAGAAGGAAGAGCAGCUGCAAAGGCUAGAGCGCCAAGAGCAACGGGAGCGGGCGCUCCAGGAAGAGGAGCAGUUGGAACAGCAGAGACGCAAGGAGACGCGCUUGCCGCCGGAGCUGAGGCGCGUGCAAGAGAGACGCGAGCAAGAACUGAGGCGCCAGGAGCAGCGCUUGGAGCAGGAACUGGGACUCGAGCAGGAGGAAAGACGAGAGCAAGAACUGAGGCGCGAGGAGCAGCGCUUGGAGCAGGAACUGCGGCUCGAGCAGGAGGAAAGACGUGAGCAAGAACUAAGGCGCCAGCAGGAGGAAAGACGUGAGCAAGAACUGAGGCGCCUGCAGGAGGAAAGACGAGAGCAAGAACUGAGGCGCGAGGAGCCCCGCUUGGAGCAGGAGCUGAGGCGCGAGCAGGAAGAAAGGUGCAAACAGGAGCUGAGGCGGGAGCAGGAGGAGAGACGCCAGCAGCUGAGGCGCGAGCAGGAGAGAUGCGAGCAAGAACUGAGGCGCGAGGAGCAGCGCUUGGAGCAGGAACUGCGGCUCGAGCAGGAAGAAAGACGUGAGCAAGAACUGAGGCGCCAGCAGGAGGAAAGACGAGAGCAAGAACUGAGGCGCCAGCAGGAGGAAAGACGAGAGCAAGAACUGAGGCGCGAGGAGCCCCGCUUGGAGCAGGAGCUGAGGCGCGAGCAGGAAGAAAGGUGCAAACAGGAGCUGAGGCGGGAGCAGGAGGAGAGACGCCAGCAGCUGAGGCGCGAGCAGGAGAGAUGCGAGCAAGAACUGAGGCGCGAGGAGCAGCGCUUGGAGCAGGAACUGCGGCUCGAGCAGGAAGAAAGACGUGAGCAAGAACUGAGGCGCCAGCAGGAGGAAAGACGAGAGCAAGAACUGAGGCGCGAGGAGCCCGGUUUGGAGCAGGAGCUGAGGCGGGAGCAGGAGGAAAGGCUCAAACAGGAGCUGAGGCGGGAGCAGGAGGAGAGACGCCAUCAGCUGAGGCGCGAGGAGCAGCGCUUGGAGCAGGAGCUGAGGCGCGAGCAGGAGGAAAGACGAGAGCAAGAACUGAGGCGCGAGGAGCCCCGUUUGGAGCAGGAGCUGAGGCGGGAGCAGGAGGAAAGGCUCAAACAGGAGCUGAGGUGGGAGCAGGAGGAGAGACGCCAUCAGCUGAGGCGCGAGGAGCAGCGCUUGGAGCAGGAGCUGAGGCGCGAGCAGGAGAGACGCGAGCAAGAACAGAGGCGCGGGGAGCCCCGCUUGGAGCAGGAGCUGAGGCGUGAGCAGCAGCUGAGGCGCGAGCAGGAGAGACACGAGCAAGAACAGAGGCGCGAGGAGCCCCGCUUGGAGCAGGAGCUGAGGCGCGAGCAGCAGCUAAGUCGUGAGCAAGAGGAAAGACUCGAGCAGGAGCUGAGGCGGGGGCAGGAGGAGAGACGCCAGCAACUGAGGCGCGAGGAGCGGCGCUUGGAGCAAGAGCUGAGGCGCGAGCAAGAGGAGAGACGCGAGCAAGAACUCAGACGCGAGGAGCCGCGCUUGGAGCAAGAGCUGAUGCGCGAGCAGCAGAUGAGGCAGGAGCAGGAGGAGAGACGCGAGCAGCUGAGGCGCGAGGAGCAGUGCUUGGAGCAGCAGCUCAGGCGCAAGCAGGAGCUGAGGCGCGAGGAGCCGCGCUUGGAGCAGGAGGAGAGACGCGAGCAGGAAGAGAGACUCGAGCAACAGCUGAGGCGCGAGCAGGAGGAAAGACGUGAGCAGCAGCUGAGGCGCGAGCAGGAGGAAAGACGUGAGCAGCUGAGACGCGAGGAGCCCCGCUUGGAACAGGAGAGGCGGAAAGAGCAGCUCAGGCGCGAGGAGCAGCGCUUGGAGCAGCAGCUCAGGCGCGAGCAGCAGCUGAGACGCGAGGAGCCGCGCCUGGAGCAGGAACUGAGACGCGAACAGGAAGAGAGACUCGAGCAACAGCUGAGGCGCGAGCAGGAGGAAAGACGUGAGCAGCUGAGACGCGAGGAGCCCCGCUUGGAACAGGAGAGGCGGAAAGAGCAGCUCAGGCGCGAGGAGCAGCGCUUGGAGCAGCAGCUCAGGCGCGAGCAGCAGCUGAGACGCGAGGAGCCGCGCCUGGAGCAGGAACUGAGACGCGAACAGGAAGAGAGACUCGAGCAACAACUGAGGCGCGAGCAGGAGGAAAGACGUGAGCAGCUGAGACGCGAAGAGCCCCGCUUGGAACAGGAGAGGCGGAAAGAGCAGCUCAGGCGCAAGCAGCAGCUGGUUGAGGAGGCGGUGGAAGAGGAAGAAGCCCAAGAGCGGGGCAAGAGCCGCAUCCCAAGGUGGCAGUGGCAGCUCGAAAGUGAGGCAGAAGCUCGUCAAAGCAAAGUCUACUCCAGGCCCCGCGGGCAGGAGCAGAAGCACUGCCCGGAGCAGGAGGAGAAGAGGCGGCUCCAGGAGCGCGAGCGGCAACUCCGGGAGCAGGAGGAGGAAGGCCAGUGGCAGCACGGGUUCCGGCCCCUCCCGGAGGAGCGCGAACCGCUGCUGCAACGGGAGGAGCAGGCACGCCUUCAGAGGGAGGAGGAAGAGCCGCGCCGCGACUUCAGAUGGCAGUGGCAGGCUGAGGAAGAGAGCGAGAGGCGCCGCCAGAGGCUGUCGGCCAGGCCCGCGUCGCAAGAGCUGCGGGAGAAGCAGUUAAGAGCCGGGGAGCGGCAGGCGCGGGAACUGUUCUGUGAAGAGGAGGAGCAGCGCCGCCAGCGACUCGAGAGGGAGCAGGAGCAGCAGGUCCGUAAGGAGAAGCAGCUCCAGUUGGAGGAGAGCUUCCAAGAGGACCAGGAGAGGAAGCUACACCAGGAAGAGCAGCGCCACGACCAAAAAUGGAGGUGGCAACCAGAUGAGGAAAGCCAGAGACGCCGCCACAUAGUGUACGCCAAGCCAGCUGAACGAGAGCAGCUGAGGGAAGGAGAGCAGCUGCAGAGAGAGGAACGCGAGAAGAAGCUUCGCCAGGAGCGGGAGAGACAAUAUCGGGAGGAAGAGCAGCUGCAGCAGGAGGAAGAGCAGCUGCAGAGGGAGGAACGCGAGAAGAGGCGCCGCCAGGAGCGGGAGAGACAAUAUCGGGAGGAAGAGCAGCUGCAGCAGGACGAAGAGCAGCUGCAGAGGGAGAGGAGGCGCGAACAGCGCGACAGGCAAUACCUGGAGGAUGAAGAGCUGCAGCGCCUAGAUGGGAAGCGGCAAUUCCAGGAUGACGAUCAGCGCGGUGAUCUGAAAUGGCAGUGGCAACCACAAAAAGAAAAUGAAGUUCGUAAUCAUAGGGUUUACUCCAAACGCAGAGAGAAUGAAGAAAAGAUCCAGGAGGGCUACAAGAAGUUCCGCCAGGAGGAGCAGCUCCUGCAGGAAAGGAAAGAACAGCUGCGCCGCCAGGAGCGCGACAGAAAGUUCCGUGAGGAGGAGCAGCUCCUGCAGGAAAGGGAAGAACAGCUGCGCCGCCAGGAGCGCGACAGAAAGUUCCGCGAGGAGGAGCAGCUCCUGCAGGAAAGGGAAGAACAGCUGCGCCGUCAGGAGCGCGACAGAAAGUUCCGCGAGGAGGAGCAGCUCCUGCAGGAAAGGGAAGAACAGCUGCGCCGCCAGGAGCGCGACAGAAAGUUCCGCGAGGAGGAGCAGCUCCUGCAGGAAAGGGAAGAACAGCUGCGCCGCCAGGAGCGCGACAGAAAGUUCCGCGAGGAGGAGAGCAGCUCCUGCAGGAAAGGGAAGAAGAGCUGCGCCGCCAGCAGGAGAAGCAGCAGAGGCGCCGAGGCCAAGUCUGGGAGAAAGGAGACAAGGGCAGUCGGCAGUCUCUGGGGCCUGGCAAGCGUCAGUUUGCCAGUGUCCCGGUGCGCUCCAGCCCUCUCUAUGAGUACAUCCAAGAGCAGAGAUCUCAGUACCGCUCAUAGGAGAUGCUGCCAAUAUCCGGACACCUACCAAAGCUUCCAGCAAAAGAAAAUGAGGAACACUGGAUACCAAAUGACUCAAAUGUUUCUGGUUAUGGGAGAACUCUCUGAUGUUCCAAAAUCUUUUUUUUUUCCAAAACCUUAAACUACACUUAUUUCAUGAACCUUUUACUCUUGCCUUUUAUUCUUCCUGAAAAUAAUUCUUUACUGCAGCGUGUCUUUGCCCUUUGGUGCAGAUAUGGUGUGCAUUUUUUAAAAACAUAAAUAAUUUGUUUAAGGAGUUCUGUUUGGAGAACGUUAAUUUGGUGCUUUCUAAAGUAGCAAGAAUAUGAUUUAAGAUUCAAAAAGAACUGGGUCUUUUUUUUUUUUUAAUGGUUGAUCCAUCGUUUGGAGAGUUUCAGUAUUUUUAAUGUUCAUUUGGUAUUUCUUCUUGAGCCUAAACCACAUUAGUAUUUACCUCCAAAUAGACUGGCUUUUGUGACAUAAUUAGCACAGAUUCUGCAAGGGGACUGAAUUUUUACAACCUUGAAGCGCACAGGGGGAGUGACUUCUACAGAAAAACUCCUCUGAAAUCAGCCCCUAACUGGAAGAAAUAUCUGUUAUGAAGAAGGUUUAGCUUCAAGACUUAGAAUUUGAAUUAGAUUUUUUUUUUCACACUUCAUAAACACUUAAAAUAUCAUGGAGCAAAAGCAAGCUGUUUCUCAAACAACUCCACAGUUCAAAUUUUAAAACUCUCUACUGUAGUCUAUAGUGCUCAGUUUCUUUUCCCCCAGUCUUUGAUGAGUUUGAGAAUUUUACUACCUUUGUUCAUUUUAACUGAGAAGGAAACUGCUCAGGAUCCUGUAAACAUCUAUUUAGCUCUAGAGCCAAUAAGCAAUCACAGCAUUUUGGGGGAGAGAAAGGGAAAAUUUGUGAACAGAAGGGCAAGUUCCUAGAGACCCUUAGAUAAGACCCAUCAGCCCACAAUCCUUUGAGGCUUAUUGAUACUACCUUGGAGAUGUUCUUAUUGGAAUGAUUGGACUAUGUAAAAAAUAAUAAAUGUUUGGCAAAUAA